CAAAGUUAUCUUCUAAAGGUUCAAUUUUUGUAUUUUCUCUCAUUAUGGAGGUCAAAACCUCAAAUUUGACACAUGAAACCGAUGAUUCCACAUAUGAUAGAAAUGCUGAAGUGAAAGCUUUUGAUGAUUCAAAACUUGGUGUUAGAGGUCUUAUGGAGCGUGGGGUAACAAAGAUCCCACGCAUGUUUUAUUCUGGAGAAGCGAACAUCAUUGAAAACUCAAUCAAUAAUUCAAUGUUGAGUGUUCCUAUCAUAGAUCUCAAAGACAUCCACAUUUAUCCUUCUCGUCGUGUUGAAGUAAUUAACCAAAUUCGAACUGCAUGCAAGGAGUGGGGAUUUUUUAAAGUGAUUAAUCAUGGAAUUCCCAUUAAUGUAUUGGAUGAAACAAUUGAUGGAAUUCGUAGGUUUCAUGAACAAGAUCCCGAAGUAAGAAAACAAUUUUACAACCGUGAUAUGGAAAAGAAAAUUGUUUAUUUAUCUACUAUUAGCUUGUAUCGAGACAAGUUUGCUAACUGGAGAGAUAGCGUUGGAUGUUUCAUGACUCCCAAUCCGCCCAAAUACGAGGAACUUCCUGAAGUAUUUAGAGACAUUAUAAUUGAAUAUUCCAAGAAAAUAACGACAUUAGGGGGUACCAUACUUGAGUUAUUCUCAGAGACUCUUGGAUUGGAUCUAUCUUACCUCAAAGAAAGGAAUUACCUAGACGGACUUUUCAUUCAAGGUCAUUAUUAUCCACCAUGUCCUGAACCUGAAUUAACCAUGGGUACGUCCGAACACACUGAUCCUUCUUUCAUGACAAUAGUUCUACAAGAACAAUUGGGUGGUCUUCAAGUUCUUAGAGAUAAUCAAUGGUUUGAUGUUGCUCCUGCGCACGGAGGUCUUGUUGUCAACAUAGGAGAUCUUCUACAGCUUGUAUCAAAUGACAAUUUCAGUAGUGUUUAUCAUCGUGUGUUAUCAAAUCAUAAAGGCCCAAGAGUUUCUGUAGCUGCCUUCUUUGGAACUUCCCAUGAUCUAGAUAAAGCUUCAUCAAAGAUUUAUGGUCCUAUUAAAGAUUUGUUCUCAGAAGAGAACCCCCCAAUCUAUACAGAUAUUAGCUUAGCAGAAUACAUGUCACACCACUUGACAAAGGGGCUUGAUGGGAACUCUGCAUUGCAACCUUUUAAGUUGUAAAAAGAACACAUUUCAACUCCAAAAUAAACUUAAUAAGUUGAUACUCUUCUGUUUUGAGUGUAAGGUUGUGGUUUUUUACUUCUUGUUAUGAUUUUCAUCAGCAUUAAAUAAAAGGUUAUAUUU